AUGGCUGCUAUUAUAGAGAGUCUACCGAUACCACCAGUCAAAGAUCUUGCAAGCAGUGAGUCAUCCAUAAGACGAUCAGCAUUGAAGACAAUUGUGUCACACUUAGAUGAACGACCUGCCACAUCACCAUUGACUCCGACCCAAUCCUUGCAACUAUGGCGAGGGUUAUAUGUUGCGGUUUACAUGCAUGACAGCAAGAACGCAGUAUCCGUACAGAAUCUUAUUGCAGAGAUCGCCAGCUUAUCUAGGGUAGUUGCCGCCAAGGACGACGACAUCAGCAAGUCUGACAGCCAGGAUGGUGUCUGGCUUGACACCUGGACAACAGCCUUUUGGGAGACCAUCUGUCGCGAGUGGGCAUCUAUCGAUCAAUGGCGUAUGAACAAGAUCUUGCUGCUAGUUCGAUUCUUCUUACGGGAGACUUUUGGCCUUCUAUUUGCUGCAGUUUCGACGGAUAAAUCGGAAGCAAGGUCAAAAUCUCAUAGUACUGUUGCCCGACAAGUCCAAGUACUCGAGACAUGGCCGCUGAGUCCACAAGACCGAAAGAUACCCGAUGGGUUAAGGCUUCACGUGCUUGACGUCUGGUCUGAUGAACUGGUGGGACGAUUCACUGCAGCACGGGAGGGACAAGACUCAUCGAAGGAGGGCGGUGAGGGCAGCCUCGAGGCCUCUUUGACAGAUGCUGCAACGCUCAUUAUGUCUCCAGUGGAGAAGAUCAGCAAAGAGGCCUUGAGCAAGGGUGUGAAGAUAAGAGCAAAGGAGUCAUUGAAAUCAUUCCAAGAGGCCUUAUAA